AAGGGCAUUUAAUCACGUGAUCUACAGCGCUAUCGGAGCAGCACGAACUCGUACACGGGUCCAUGGGAGCAGCGAAAGGUUCCUUCCACCCCUUACAAGCCUGCUGUACAGAUAAAAGCGACGGUAGAGGUAGUUGCAUGCUGUUUCAGUUACACUUGGUGACUGAUCUCGGCUAUACAUGUACCGACACGUCUAAAGCAUAGUUCAAAGGUCAUAGGUACAAGGUAACUCAAGUCUGACACCCGCAGCGGCAUGGUAUAGAUGAAAGUACCCUUUUGGUGUUCGCAUUUAUUCAAAAAUUAUAGCUACCAGUUUGGAAACGAUCUCCAUCGAGCAUUUCUUAGCCGUGCCACGACAGGAAAAAUGCGCUUUGUACAGUUCGAGUGGAGCGGAAGGAAAGGUGUUGGAGUUGAGGUGGAGGAUGGAGGCGAUGUUGUGGAUGUGACAGAGGCAGACCCAAGCGUGCCUCACAACAUGAGGGACUUCAUCGAUGGGGGCCAUCGAAAUCUCCUAGCCGCGCAAAAUGCAGUUAACAGCGGUCAUUUUGUGCUGAAGCGGGAAAAAGUGAAGAUCAUUGCACCCAUUACCAACCCAGAAAAGUUGCUGUGCAUUGGAAUGAAUUAUAUUGAUCACUGCAAAGAGCAGGACUGCCCCAUUCCAGAAGAACCAGUAGUCUUCAGCAAAUUUAACAGUGCCAUCAUUGGACCAACAGAUGAUUUAAUUUAUCCUGAGGAAACAAAGCAACUUGACUGGGAGGUAGAGCUUGCUGUUGUGAUUGGGAAAACAGCAAAAAAUGUUCCAGUGGAAAAGGCAAUGGACUAUGUUUUUGGCUUUAUGGUUGCUCAUGAUGUCAGUGCAAGAGACUGGCAGUUCAAGAAUGGAGGGCAGUUCCUGUUAGGCAAAACUAUGGAUGGUUUCUGUCCUUUGGGGCCUGCUAUUGUUAUGAAGGAAGACCUAAGGGAUCCUCAUAAUCUGAAGAUGUGGACACGAGUAAAUGGUAUUGUGAAACAAGACAGCAGUACAAACCAGCUUGUUUUCAAAACACCUGAACUUAUCACCUUUCUCUCCAGGUUUAUGACCCUUAAGCCAGGAGAUGUCAUCCUGACAGGUACACCUCCUGGUGUUGGUGUCUUUCGUAAGCCCCCAGAAUUUUUGAAAAGAGGGGAUAUAGUAGAGGUGGAAAUUGAAGACAUAGGCACAUUGCGGAAUAAAGUUGUUUGAGGUGCAAGCAUUUUGUACUAUACAAUGUUCUCAGUUCAUUAUUUUUUUAUUACAUUAAUUCUGCAUCUGUUUGAUAUCUUAACAUGAUGGUUAGUGUAUCAUAAUAGAACACUCCUCGUGUUCUAAUCUGGUGCAGAGUAGAUGAGGAUCAUUUAGAAUUUAUGCAUUUUUAAAGAUGAUAACCUUUUGCAAUGUAUUUUUUUUAUCCUAGCCCUCUGUAUUAACAUUUACAGAUUUUAUAAUGAUUUUACAUGAACUGCUUAGAAUGCAGAGAGACAUUUCUACCUUAUGCAAGGAGCUAUAUGAAUAGCAUUGUGCAUGCAAAAAUGUGAUCUUAAAGACUGUAGGAGGCUGUGCCUUUACACAAAUCCUUAAAUGUUUUUUUGUUCUCAUCAAUAGGAUAAAAAAUAGCUUGGUGUAAUAUACCAUUUCGCCUAAUGCCUGCUGGUGCACUUUUUUAAAAACUUUUUGUGCUACUUAUUUUCUCCAUAACCUAAGCCUUAAGAUAAAUCUGGUGAAAAAGAAUUGGUUGUUUACAUUACACCCUGGGUGUAUUAUGCCUGGAGUAAACAUGUCAUAAAAGAUUGCUGUUGCCAUGGUGAGAACCCACUGUUGUAAAAAUAAUUUGAUACUAGUAAAUUUUAUAGUAGCACUUUAUCACUUGUAGCACUUUCCUUUUGUCUGUUGAUGCUAAAGAAAAAAUGUUACCAAAAAAUUCUUCAAAACCUCUACAAUCCAAAAUAUUUCAUCAUAUUUAUUCCUGCACUUAUUUGUUAUCUAUAAAAACAAAUUUGUAAACUUUUGCACUUCUCUUUUUAAUUUUUCUUGUCACGUUUUGAAAUAAAUGUUGUAGAUCUGUAAAUUGGUUUUACAGAUUUUUCAGGUUAGUGUAUGGAAGGGCAUUCUUGUGAUUAUUAUUAUUUAAACAAAAGGGCUCUUGCUGGCUGGUGCUACUUCUGAUACUUGUUGAUGUUGACCAGAGUGAUGAACUCCUGGCUGAAAAAAAUUUCACUUAAACAGGGUACCCUUUUGAUUCACAUUGUUCCGUAUUUGUCUUGUAUGCACACACACUCCUCCUCCCUUGAGGGUUCCAGUCAAGUGCCAGCCUGGCAAUGGUAUCAGCUGGUAUGCGCAGGGUGUGUCCUAUCCAGCCCCAUUAGAGCUUUUUGAUGUCUUGGUUAGUGGCAUUCUGGUUGGUUCUUUUUCACAGGCUGCUGCUGGAGAUUUUUUCAGGCCAUCUUAUUCCCAGAAUAUGGUGUAGGCAUUGGUUGAUAAAGGUCUGGAGCUUGUUGUUGAUGGUGUUUGUUACCAUGUUUCAGAAUCAUACAGUAGGACUGCUUUCACAUUAGUGUUAAAGAUGCGGAUCUUCACAGUGAAAGCAUGUUACAGCUUUUGAUGUCGUCAUCUGCUCCACCAUCCUUGUUGACAAUGCUCCCCAGAUACAUGAAGCGAUCUGUUUCCAGGAUGUUCUCUCCUUCAAGUUGGAUUGGGAGUUCCUGCUUUUUGUUGAUUCUCAUCACUUCAGUCUUCUUUCUUUUGACCUUUAAGCCAGUCUUCUCUGCUUCCUCUGUUAGCUAACUCAGUUUGGUUUUUGCAUUCUGCUGCUGA